AUGGCUGCCAGUAAACCUAAAUAUCCACUGGGUUCUCCUCAAGAGCAUAUUGAAAUGUGUAAAACCCAUGAUUUACCUAUUGAUAUGUUAUGUGAGGACUGUGAUGAAUUUAUUUGUGCCAAGUGUGCCAAGACAGAUCAUAAGGAACAUGAUUGGAACACUCUACCCACGGCAGCUACCCAAAGGAGGAGAGAUUUACUUUCAUUUCUGAAGAAGAUCAAGGAAGAAGAUCUGCCAGGGAUUGAUGAGAAAUUAAGGAAGAUUCCACAACAGCUCACAAAAAAUAAAGAACUGUGUGAAGCUGAUAUUAAAAAGCUCCAGAAUCAUUAUGAUGAGAUAAUAACCAGAAUGUCAGAAAUCAGAGAAAAAAAUGAACAAAAAUUGAGAGACAAUUUGAAAGAACGGAAUGAAAAGUUGGAUGUUGCUAAUUCUGAGAUAAACAGGAAGAAGAAAGAAAUUGCAGAAAUAGUUCAGUUCAUGGAGGAAAACAACAGCACCAUGUCAGAUUACGGUUUCAUUGACAACCACAGAGAACUGACAAAAAUGCUUUCUGGCCUGGAUGUUGAUAUUAAGUGUAAUACACCGUCAAUGAGAUAUAGUAAAGGAGACAUAAGUGAAGAGGAACUGGAGAAAUUAGUUGGAAAAUCUUUUGAUUUAGAUGACAUCAGUUUGACUGAAACAAGCUCAUUUGAGAAAGCAAUUGAACUAGUAAAUGAAAAAGGCGAGAGAAAACAUAAAUAUGAUAUCACUGCUAAUGACGUGUGUGUGACCGAUACUGGUGAAGUUUAUUUCACUGAUUCUAGUAACAGUUCUAUCAGCUGUCUGUCACCAUCAGGAUCUGUGUCUAAAAUCAUCAGUACAGAUCCACUGGUACCAGGAGGAAUCUGUCAGUCAGUGGACGGUGGACUACUGGUCACCAUGAUGGAUGAGGAAUCAGAAGAUUACGAAUUAGACUCACACAGCAGACGUCUGGUGAGACACAUCACAAUGACAGGUGAUGUCAUCCAUGAGUAUGAGUACCAGGAGGACGGUCAGACUAGACUGUUUACAGUACCAUUUAGAAUCACACAGAACAGUUAUAGUACUAUCUGUGUUAUGAACAGUACGAGUCUCAAAACUGGCCAUCUAGUGAUUAUCUCUCCUUCUGGUCGUUUGAAGUGUUUCUACCAAGGACAGAACCUGCCAAAGGCCUUUUGGCCAGCUGAUGUAGUAUGUGACUCCCUCUGUAACAUCCUUGUUAUUGACAUGAACAAUAUACAGAUCCAUCUGCUGAGUCCUAGUGGUGAAUUUUUGAAGUUCUUACUGACAGACAAUGAAGUGUACCAUCCAACUAGAUUAUCACUAUGCAAGUCUACAUUGUGGGUGGGAUAUAUAGAAGGACUUGUCAAAGUGUUUCAGUACUGA